AUGAUGGCCGUAGAUCAAUUCAGUACAUUGGUGACUUCAUCGUCCGUUGAUAGACAGCGUCAUCGAGAUCUACAACGAAAACGUCCAUCAACGCUUCAUUUGCCCAAAAGAAUGACGCCCAUUCCUACAGUAGCCAUUCAUAAGGCCAGUGCAUCUGCCGUUAUGUGUCCUGUUGAAAUUGAACACCGACGACGAGCCGAAAGCUCCAACAUCCGAAAUUCUGAGCAAUCGACUCUCAAAGUUUCGUUACUGAAUGGAAAUUUGUUCGAGCACAGUCGUAGUACAUCUCCGCGUCCUCGUACAGGACGACGUGAUUCCAUGAUGUCUAUGCUCAAUAGAAUAUGGAAGAGUGAUGAAUGCACACGUAAGCCACAAAUGGUCAAGAUGGAUGCAUUGGAUGUACCUGGACAGUGUCUUCAUCGACAAAUCUCACUAUCAGAAACUAAUGUAACACCCAGAGAGACAGCUAGCACCUCAACAGCCUCAACCUCAGCCUAUGUUGUACCUCGUCGACCCGUUUUUGUUUCCCUGACGCCUAAACAGAUUAAAUUGCUCAAAGCCAGUUUUGCUCAACUCAACUCGGGCGGUACAUUUCUGAAAAUUAUGGAACAAGUCUUUCGUCGCUUAGAAAUGAAAUCAUCAGAUAUACGAUCAAUCUUCCUAACUACUGCAUUUGUUAAUUCAUUAUCAAGAGAGAGAUCAUCACCUCCAAUUGUCAAGACAGAGCAUGAUCAUUGCAAAUGUUUAGUUGAUCUAUUUGAUAAAAUUAUCAACUGCGUCGAUAAUAUGGACAGUCAACUGCCUAUGUUACGACUAUACGGAGAAAAACAUGCUCAAAUGCGCGAAAGCGGCUUCACCGGUGCCAUGAUAGAAAAUUUCGGGGAAAUAGCAGUUUCGGUGAUUGGAUCUCAAGAAUCAGUUAAAUAUAAUCAAGAUACAAUGAAAGCUUGGAGAAUCUUAUUAGCUUAUAUAACGGAUGAGAUGAAAGUUGGAUUCGAUAGAUAUUCGAAGAUAAGUGAAAGACGUAAUAGUAUACAACACUAA